AACUGCGCACCUUGAUUGAGAACUACUGUAGCGGGGACGGACGGCCACCGCCAUACUGAUGUUCUCUUACAGUAGCACAAUGAAACGUAUGAAACCCUGUGUGCUCUCUCUAAACAUUUACUGUUACUGCAAUUGUGAGAAAACUAAGGGCCCCCUGUGAAACUGAAUAAAAGUUGCGGAUAAAGCUGGAAGCCGUGGCGUUCGCCGCCCGUCCCGCCAGCCGCUCACGUACGAAUAAAAUGGGCGCCGCGCUCAGCGGGACGGAGGUCAGUUCAGUUGUACCGACAAGGUUAAGUUACGCGACACCUAAAACUCCCCCUUCGAGUGAAAAUAAAUUGCAAGCAGCACUCCCAGUGUACGGAGACAGUGGGUCAACUGGGAAUCGCGGAUGGAGCGUACGGAGCCGCAGGGAUCCGUCCCUUUGCUCCCCGACUUCCCGUAUCGAUUCGGUCGGGACGGUCGCCUGUGCCACGUGGACACGAGGGAGCCCUUUGUGUUCGGCUACAGGAGGGGAGAUGCGUUGGGGACCCAGCAGCGGCACCGGGUCCUGGGGAGGCGGCUCAGACUUGCGGGGUCAGAACCUGCUCCUCGUGAGUCCAAAGGCACUGGAGAGCCAGGGAAACCUGAUGGUUCUGAUCCAAGACAGAGGGACAGUGCGCUGUGGCCAGUGGAGCUGGAAGGUGAUUGCCAGAGAGGGUCUGGAGAGGGGCAGCCAGAUCCCGUAUGUGAGACGGGCGCUGGCGGAGGCCUGGGAGGUGCUGCUGAUGAACCCCAACGCCGGCGGCUCUCCGGAGGACCACGUGAGCCUUGUCUGGAAUCUCCUGCUCUCCAGGUGCGCCGCGAAGAACAUCGCGGUCGUCGCGCACGGUUACGGGGGCGUUGCCUUCGUCGACUUGCUGUCGCGGCACCCGCAGGAGGUUCAGCGGCGGGUGUGCGCGGUUGCUUUUGUGGAUUCGUGCCACAGCCCCUGGCACCAGCCCCUGGGCCAGGGAAGCCGAGACUGGUUAAAAGCCAACGCCAAGAAAUGGGUCCUGAGCUGUAAGCCUCUGAACCGGCCCGUAGGCUCCCUGAAGGCCGAUUGCCCCCAGCUGUCUGCCGGCACCCAGUGCCACGAGGCCGCGCCGGCCACCUGCAUGGACCCUCUGUUCCGCUUCUUCGCCAAGGCGGUUAAAGCCAAGCCUGCGACCGUCCCCUUCGACAUCAUCACCAGGAGCAAGAGUCGGGGCCGGCUGAGCCAGGGGACCGCUGCCGCCGUGCCUGGAAAACCGUGACGAUGUCCUCUGAGGCAGCCUGGGCUAUUCGAGAGUGACCGCUAUCUGCUUUAUAUGUGACAUGUGCUGAGCUGGACGUCGUAGGAUAAAAUGGCCCCCAAUACACACACUUUAGUAACAACAUUAAAAGGGCCAGUUG